UAAUAGCUCAGCUCUCCUCCCUCUCCCUGGGGGUGACGUGGGCGCGGGUGUGUCACGUGAUGCUUCGGUGGCGUUCUGGUCUGUUAUCUCGGUUGCUAGUUGAUACAGGACGGGCAGAAAACCCGGAGAGGUUCCGCUGAUACCGGAGAUGAGGGGCGGGUGACCGGUUCAGAAGCGGUAUGAUUGAAAUGGUCUAAUACUUACCACGAUGAACACAGAGGAAACCCCACAUACAGGCUUGCAAACCAGUGCAGAGGAUGGCUUAGGGGAUUGCCCUAUUGCUGAAACAGAGAAGACCUCUUUUCAGAUGGCAUCUGACCUGAACGAGAACAACUUAAAUGGAGAUCAGCCUUUGAACAGAAACACAGAGAUCAGCCUUCAUAAUAGAGAUGCCCAGGAUAACAAUAAUAAUGAAAACGGCAACUUGGUGUGUGGUCAACUUAACUGCAGGAAGAGCUGUGAAGGGGAUUGCACAGUGGUAGAAAGUUCUGCUCCUCUGUCCACCAAGGACAGUGCUACAGGAAAACAUGUGGCCAGGAGACGCAGUAAUAGAAAUAAGAAGACUCCGAAUGGAAAAUCCUCAGGAUUUUUGGCAUCAGCGGAUAUAUCUGUUUCAGAAGACAAGUGUGUAGAUUCUACUCAUGACAUGGCCACACUUGACUCGCAUGUUAGUCCAGAACACAAGAAUCAGAAGCAACUUCGAGACUCCCUGUUUUCCCUCAUUCGAGACGGGUGUGAACAAACUGAUGGCCGGAUGCUUUCUAUGUGCCUUCAUCAGAUAGCAGAGACCUAUUUUCAGGAAGAAGACUAUGAGAAAGGAAUGCAGUUCAUCCAGCUGGAGCGAGUCUAUCACGAGCAGCUGCUUGCCAAUCUGUCUGCUAUUCAGGAGCAGUGGGAAACAAAAUGGAAGAAAACCAAAUCUGCAUCACUGCCCUCCCCCUCAGAGAAUGAUCUAAGCCGCCAAGAGCUGGAAAUGCUGUCUAACAUAUGCGGAUCACAUCAGGAACCGCAGGCCUCUAUAUGGCAGUCUUCUACUUCAGAGAAAAUUCAAAACCUCCAUCAGUUAAAGGGAUCAGUGGGAUAUGAUGUGGAUGGCGAGUGUCCAGCUAGAGCAAGUGGAUCUGGCAUAAAGAUCUCAGCAAGCAGGAAGCCUGGCGUGGCAGAGAUGACUGAGCACUCACUUCCUGAUGGCAGCACAACAGGCAACCUGAGCAUGGUAGCAGACCAUCAAGCUGUGGCCGGGAAGAGCCACACAGAGGGACAGCAGUUCAUCACUUGUGGAAGAAGCUUGGAGUCACCCACCCUGUCCACAGGGACAGGAGGCAGGGCUAAUCCUGACGGCAGCUUUCCUUCUGGGGAUGCCGGGCAGAAUAACAACCUCCUGCAACCUGAAGCAACACCACGAGGCAACGUGUCAGAAAUAGAAACGCUCUCCAAGGACAGGACAGAAGAACGAGCUGACAACCCAAUGGUAGACAAAUUAAUUACAGCAUCUGUCGUUCACUCAGAUUGUUCAUUGGAAACACAGGAUGACUGCACUGAAGGGAGUAGUUCCUUAGAAUGCACGAGUUUCAUCCAGACUGUCCACACUGUCAGCAGCUCAGAAGAUGGAGCUACAACGAGGAUUAUUAAUACAGAGAGCCAAGUAGGUGAAACAGGACUUUGCCCGAUAGGCAGUGCUAAUCAGAAAUGCCUGGAGGAACUGAACAAGUCUCAGAGGCAAGCAACAGUUGAGUUUAUAGCGAGUCUCCUCAACGGGGACCUGAAAGAAAGUGAGAAUUUCCUGGCUCACUUGGACUUCCAGGAGGAGACCUAUUCUGAAGAAGAAAUGUCACCAAGCCCAGGGGAAUCUGUCUUGGGGGAUAACCUGCUAUCACUAGAUGAACUAGGAAAGAGGAUAGAGAUAGAGGAGGUGAGCCCUGCUGCUGGUUUGGUCUCCAUAUUGAAGAAGCGUAAUGGAAGUGAUGGGGAGAACCACAAAAAGACAAAGAGGAAAGUGAGAUUCCUGGAAACAGAUGAUGUUCUUGACCAAGAGGAGAUUGGCGGAGGAUCCUGUAUUCUGCUGGUCGCACUUUGCCUUGUCACUGUGUUUCUUAGUAUUGGUGGGACUGCAUUAUACUGCACAUUUGCUGACGUGGAGUCUUCUAUAUGUAAAGAUUUUACUGCAAACAUGGACUUUUACUACACUCAGGCGGUACAGGGAGUAGAGGAGUUAAAGCACUGGCUGUUUGUCACUUAACAGAAAAGAGCCUCCCCCUGCCUCCACAUGGCCUUUAUCUACCGAUAUAAACUCUAUAAACAUUUCCUUUUGAAGAUGUAAAAGAAGAUAUGCUGUAAUAUUUUUAAUUAAUAUUAAGAAAUGACAAUUGGGGGGGGGGGCGGCAAAAUCACUUUUUCAAUAUGGCAUACGGGCCCUGCAGUGACUGGUAACCACUGAAGAUGUAUAAUCCACCUACUGUUUUUACAAUCUGCAUUUUAAUAUAGUGAGUCUGUGUAUGGUCUGUAAAGUUGAAGCCCACUGUAUUUUGUUUUUGUGUUGUGUGAUUUCCGUUCCUGUUUUGUGUCUGCUCCUCUGUGGUCAGACAACUGAAACAUAAGUGUAUUUGUAAAUCGGCAUUUAGAUCAUGAUGUAUCUUUAUAGAUAUUCUUUUAUUGCAAAGGAACAAUACAGAUCCGUUUUCUAUCUUCAUGUUAAAGGGCUUCUGUCACCCCCCCCCCCAAAAAAACCUCAUUUUUUUAUUUUUGGG